UCGUCUCGGCGGUCCUUCAAUCCCGCAACGCCAGACGCCGCCGAGGAGUCGGAAACGGAGUACUUUCCAGCCCUCAACACCACGUCGAGUGCAAUCUCGCGGACUUCGAGCCUCCGCGGCCGGGCGCCGUCGACGGCAGGGUCCGAAUCUGGCCGGCCAGUUCACGAACGCACUCGCCAGCCCAGCAUCCGCAUUCGACGCAGCUCCAGCGGCGCCUCUGUAUCUCAAGCUCCCCUCGACUAUACGUCCGAGAGCAGCGACAACGAGUCGCGGAGACGCGGCGCGAGGCCUCGAAGCAUCUCGCAGCCCAUGCCCCCGGCACAGGUCUAUGAUGGCAGCGCUGCCAGACACUCGCGCCGUGUGCCGCAGAUGGCAUUGCCCCGUCUGACGGAGGAAGGCUCGCGCCCAACCAUGGCCGAGCUUGGAGUGACUUCGUCUCCCAUUUCGCCGUCGAGAUCACUACCCGAAGAGCCUCUGGGAGAAGACGAGGCUCGUCGCUUGUCUGUAGGCUCGGAGCCCUCGAGGAGGCUGACCAGGAAGAGAAAGCUCAGCAGGCUGUUCUGGCCUGGCGGCUCCAUCAAUCGGGGUUCUCAAGCUCAAGCUCCGCCCGGCGAUACACAGCCGGGCAUCGAUGCCGCACAGGCUCAGCCCCAGUCCGAUGAGUACGGCGAGGAGCUGGUGGACUGGCUGGAUAUCAUUGAUCCCGAGGUCCAGACUCUUUCGACCUUGACCAACGUGCAGAACUCCCUGUUCGUGCCUGAUCUUGGCCCUUGGAUAAACCGCCGCCCCACCUAUGUCUUGUCACCGCGCGAUGCUGGACCGCUUGCACGGCUGGGCCGACCCGCAGAGCGCGAAGAGCCGCUGCCAGAGACCACUGAAGAGGUGUCGAGGGUCGAGACUGGCGUCGAGUCCGUGGCCGAGGCCGAGGCCGGGGCACCGGUGACGCUGCGCAGAUCCGACACCAUCACGUCGAGGCUCACAGACUCGCAUUAUGCGGCGCUGCCGCAUGGCUUUAGCCUCGAGGGCUGGACCGAGGAGGAGAAGCUGGAGCUGGACGACCGCGUGCGCCACAUGCUGCACUCGCGGCGGUCGCGCUUCAAGCGCACUAUGAAGGGCUUUGGCCAGUACGUGCGUCGGCCGCUCGGCUUCUUCGUCACUCUCUACGCGACGCUCAUCACGCUGUUUGGUCUGGCCUGGGUGCUGUUCCUCAUCGGCUGGAUCUACGUGGGCGACAAGCAGGUGUACACGAUCCACAUCAUCGACAGCGUGUUGGUGGCUCUCUUCGCCAUCAUGGGUGAUGGUCUGGCACCAUUUCGGGCCAUUGACACGUAUCACAUGGCGUUUGUCGUACACUAUUCGCGCAAGAUUGCCAAAGCCAAGAAGCAGAAGCUCAAGGACAAAGAGGCCGGCGUCCUCGAGGGCGUGCCUGGCGACAGUGUCGAGCUUUCACAUUGCGCAUCCGGCGAUCCACUGGCCGACAACGCCCAGGUCGGUGGCGGUCUCGAACCCGCGAGUGCCGGCGCAUCGGUUGAGCGAAUCACCACCAGCACCAGCAACCUCGCACCGCAGGCCAUUGUGGGCCAGGACGGCGACGUGGACGUCGAGGCCGCCAAGCUCGACAUCGAGUACGACGAGGACUCUCCGCUAACGUACAAGCAGUGGAAGAGGAUGCGGCACCAUCAGAAGAAGCUGGCCAAGUCACACAGUUUCUACAAGCCCGACGAGACUUUUACGCACCAUGCCUUCCCCCUGGCCUACCUAAUUGCCAUUGUCAUACUGCUCGACUGCCACUCGUGCUUGCAAAUCUCCCUGGGUGCCACCACUUGGGGCAUCGACUACCACCAUCGGCCCUUUGCCAUCACCACCGUCAUCCUCUGUGUCAGCAUAACGUGCAACAUCACCGCUGGCCUGGUCAUUACAAUUGGCGACAAGAAGACGAGGAAGAAGGACGUGUGGAAGCUGCUGACUCGCCAGGAGCUGACGGGCGAUGCCAUCAAGCACCUCGAGACGAAGCGUGCCAAGGAGCAGAGCCGUAGCCACGACAGCAGCCAAAACAGUACCCAGGACGAC